AUGGUCUUCCAAAAUUCGGCAGAAAUAGUUCUUCCACUUUCGACAACAUUGGAGAAUCCUGUUUAUAUUUCUGAAUUCACCACGAUGUUCGAAGCACAUCGUGUCGACGGAUAUUCAAUUUUGGAAUAUAAUGCGAGGAUAACAACUGAUAAAAGAUUGGGAGACUUUCUAGAUUUCUCAAUACGACAAGCUAUCGAAUCUUCAAAAAUUGAAGAAUCGAAUGGAAACUCUAAGAGCAUGGGUUAG